AUGAACUCCUUAUCAAGCAAAAAAGCUAACUCUUUGGUUUUCAAAUCAAUUAGAAAUUUCACCUUACAAUGGGGUUCUUUGGCUGAAAGACCCAUGGUCGACAGAGUUAUGUCCACCUCUACCUGGCCCGUUCCUUACUACCAAAGAUUAUUCAAGGCCUAUCCUAUUAGAGAAAAGAAGGAUAAAAUGUCUUUGUUAUUGAGCGAUAUCGAUAUUGAUGACACCAACUGGUACUAAGCUAAGGACUUCUUAAGAGGAUCUUUCAGAGGUCGUUAGAUCGUUGAUUAUGUUGAAAAUAACAUCGCUUCUAACACUUACAUUUUGAUUCAACAAGACGUUGCUAAUAUGGCUAAGGCCUACGUCCACGAUAUCUGUGGUUAUAUUGACGUUGCUAACAAGGAAAAUGUCAGAAUUCUUUCUAAGGGUGACUUAAUCUGA